UAGUAUCAAUAUUUACAUCAAUAUUGGCAGAGAACACCACCAAGAGUAAUGUCGCCUCGGGUAAGUUACUGUGUUACCUAGCAACCAGUGUUUGGGACAUGCAAAAAUAUGGCUGACAAGUACAACGCAGAAACUAUUAUAACAGAAACUCAAAAGAGGAUACGUAAUGCAUUUGACGUGUUUGACCAUGAAUCCAGCAAGACUGUUGAUGUCAGAGAAAUAGGCACUAUUAUCCGCUCACUGGGCUGUUUUCCAUCAGAAGCUGAGUUGCAUGAUGUCAUUGCUGAGCUAGAAGAAGAAGAGCCCACUGGGUUUGUACGCUAUGAGAAGUUUCUUCCAACUAUGACCAAGAUCAUGCUGGAGCGCAAAUUCCGUCCUAUUCCAGAAGACCUGCUCCUCCAGGCCUUUGAGGUUUUAGAUCAACAGAAAAAAGGACACUUGGAACCAGAGGAACUGACCAAAUAUUUAACACAAGAAGGAGAGCCCUUCACACAAGAAGAGAUGGAUGAAAUGCUGUCUGCGGCUGUUGAUCCUGAUAAAAAUAUUAUUCUCUACAAGGACUUUGUGAACAUGAUGACCUUUGAUGACUCUUGAUGAUGGCUGACAGAGUGAAUAAUUCUAAUAAAUGAGACUUUAGAGAGUUAUAAUCAAGGUAUCAUAAGCAAAAUCCUCUCAGUUACCAUUUUAAAUAAUGUUCA